AUGGCAGGUUACUUCAACGCUGGCGGGUUGAAAGGCGAGACAAGUCGAAAAAAUCUACUGCUCAUUCUUGCAGCGACAUUGGCAAGCUUCAACUACGGAUAUUCUAACAACGUCAUCGCUGGGUCUUUUGCUCAGGUCACGUUUCUCGCAAAAUUCUUGAGCGGUUCCAAUGCCAGUGCCCUCAUCGACGGCAUUGUAUCUGGGUUCUUUGGCUGUGCUCUCCUCGGUGCAAUCUUGCAAGCUUACAUCUCCAACCGAUGGGGCCGAAAGAGCGCGACAGCCGUGGCUGCGAUGUUGCUCAUGGCGGGAAACGCGCUCCAGGCUGGUGCUGUGCACAUUGCUAUGUUCCUUGUGGGUCGGUACAUAACUGGCUUCGGGGCAGGCAUGGUGAUUAGCAACACACCUGUCUAUCUUAGCGAAAUCUCCCCUGCCCACAGCCGUGGUCUGCUGGUUGGUCUUCAGGGGAACUUUAUCGUGUUGGGCUACAUCCUCUCCUCAUGCGCAGCGCUGGGCUUCCACUUUGUGUCAGAAGACUACCAGUGGCGCCUCAACUUCAUCAUCGCCACCAGUGUCGCUCUUGCCCUGCUUGUGUCCUUGAUCUCGUUGCCCGAGUCUCCGCGUUGGCUCGUCGAGCACGGCCGUUCUGACGAGGCCGGCAGAAUUCUCGUGAGCAUUCACAAGACCGCCGAUGACCCUCAUGGCAGAGUUGCACACGCCGAGUUGCAUCAGAUUAUGGCACAAGUGGAGCUGGAUCGUUCAUUGCCCACCAGUUGGCUGCACAUCCUACGAACCCCGUCCCUGCGAAAGAGACUCAUCUGCACCCUUCUGGUUUGGAGCAUGGCACAGUCUACGGGCAUCACAGUCCUCGCAAACCUGACGCCGAGACUCUUUGGUGCCCUGGGCUACGGAACCGUCUUGCAGCUCGCCCUAAGUCUAGUGUGGACUGUCUGCUUGUUCAUCGGUUGCUUUUUCAACAUCUACCUAAUCGACAGGAUUGGCCGAGUGAAGCUUAUCGUCGCCGGAGGCUGGGGCAUGAUCAUUCUUCUCGCAGUAGAAGCGGCCCUUCAAGCGCACUACCUGGACGGUCACAAUCUUGCCGGCACAGAAGCUGCCGUGGCCAUCUACUUCAUCAUUGCCUGGUGGUUCACCUCGACUUUGGAGUGCACGGGCUAUGUUUACGGCUGCGAGAUUUGGCCAACUCACUUGCGCAGCAAAGGUGCUGCCAUUUCGUACUUUGGAUUUUACGUUUUCUCCAUCUGGUCCACUGCACCAGCUGCUCAAGCAUUUGCGUCAAUCGGCUGGAAAUACUACAUGGUAUUUAUUGCGGUGACCUUUGUUCUUGUCACUCCCUGCAUGUUCUAUCUGCCAGAGACUACAGGAAUUUCUCUUGAAGAAUUGGGGGCCAAGUUCGGAGACGCCGUGGCUUUGGACUUCGAGCAGGCCAUGGACGAAGAAAUGAAGUCCGAAGCUGUCAUGGACGCCGAGUCAAAGAACGCAACAUCUUCCCACGAAGAAAAGCUAUCUUCCCUUGGUUGA